CUGUAUGCAGCGGUAAAGGCACGCCAGAUAGCCGUAUAACAACUAUAGGGUUGAAGACGUUUCAAAUGAUGCCGACAAAUAUGCUGUCACAUCCAGUCUUAGAGCAUGUUGUGCGCAUGCCAGGAAGUGAAGGUUUGAAUGAAGGUAGAAUUGAUUGUGGUGUACAGAAUGAUGCCACAAGUUCAAAGGUAUUACAUGAAGGAAAUACCGCACGUGAUGAUACAAAUGUUGAUGAGCAGAGAUUAAGGAGUGUAAAAAGUGUUCGGAACUAUAAGAUUAAGCACGAUACACUCAAGUAUGAUUGUAAUAUUUACGAUGUAUCAGUUUUACCUACAGGAGAUAUUUUAUUAGUUGACCCGGACAACAGUGGGCUUAUAAAAAUGAACAAAAAGUAUAAUGUUAUCGGUACCUUAUCAAUACAUACUGACCGUUAUCUAAUCAAUGUGUGUCACAUUGGUAAUAAUAUUGCUGUAGUAUCAGGUUAUAACAAGCUGCACUUUGUUGAUGUAACAGGAGAUAUGUCAUUGAUCAGAUCAGUCAGCACAAGCCAUGUGCUUGGAUGUACUUCAUUAACCUGUCAUAGUGAAAAACUAUAUGUUGUAAGCUCUUUUUCCGUACAGGUUUAUUCAGCUGAUGGUGAAUAUAUAAAACAGCUGUACACACCAGAAGACAUAGAUUUCAUAAGUACUUAUACUGACAUCGCAGUGAGUAAUGACGGUAGUAUGAUAUAUAUCUUGAACAAAGGUAAUAAGCUGACUACUAUUGACAGGUCCGGUAACCAUUUAUUCACGUUAGAUAUACCUGAUAUUGAACAAUUUGGUAUUUACGGAAAUCGGAUAUGUGUAGAUGAUCAAGGAUUCAUAUUCGUAUUAGGUGAAAACAGCGUUAAUGUAGAUGAAGAUGAAGAGGACACGUCGACUAUACUACAGAUAAGUCCUGACGGCCAAAAGUGUUAUGGGACGUUAAUUGAAGUUGAAGAUACUAAUUAUUAUUCGAUACGGUUUGACAGUAAUAAAUGUGCAUUAGUCUUAUCAGAAAUGUCAAAAAAUAUUAAAGUUUUAAAGCUCCGUUAAUACUUCAUGCAAACUUGAAAAAAUAUAUGUAUCCAAAAUGAUUUUACAUGUUGAAGACUACAUUGUUUAUGGAAAAUUGUCAAACUUUCCCCUGGAUACAAUAUUUUAACACUUAUUAUCUUCUCACUUCUUUGCUUCACAAAAGUUCACUUGUACCUACCACUACUUACCAUAUACAUUUUCUUAUAUUUUGUACCAGUUCCUUUCUGUUUGUCCGCUAAUUAAUGACAACUUCACCACUUAAACAUAAAUAACAACAACAUAAUUGCAUUUGUUUAAGUGUGUUAAAACAUGUUUUACGCAGGAACACGUGACUCAUUAGAUACUUGAAUUUUUAUAUUUUAAGUACCUUAUCAGCAUAUACUUAUAUAAACAAAUAUGUAUGGCAAUCCAUUUUAAUAAUGUUGUUAUUGUUGUUUUCACAUUUUGACAAUAUGUGAAAGAAUAAGACUUUCUUACAAAACAAGAUUCUAGAGUGGCAUGUUGUAUUCAUACCACAGAAACUCGUAUACUAGCUAUGACAAUUAUGGAGCAAAAAUGUCAUAAAAUUAUUAGUCACUACACAUGAUUAACUAAGUUAUAACAUGCAUUAUUUUUCACACUACUUGUUUCUAAAUUAUAAAUAAACAUCUGGUGUCAUAAUCAUGUAAUGUCGUUAGCCAGGUUUUUUUCUCUGUGGCUUUGCGACGGCAGAAAAAACCUAAAAAAUAAUGACGAAGACACUUAUAUUUACAUCCUUGUCACAGUUUAAGAAAAUCUGAUGUAACGAUAUCCGGGAAAAUAGCAUAAAUGAUUGGAAAAAAAGUUUGACAAGUCAGCUCACAUAACAUUGCACUCGCGCAUAUCACUUAUUAUGUUUUCACUCGUAGCUAUGUCACUCAUGAACGCAUCCCUGUCGGAAAAUUGGGAAAAAAAUCAAUAAUUGUAAAACGUUACUCGUGAACAUAUUGCAAACUGUAUUUCUCUAAAAUAACUUGAACUCUUACGCAAAACGUUUGUUUUAUUUCACUUACACAUAUGUACCGUAACCUUUACCACCCUAAAAAUUUACGUGUUUUAUAUCUGCAAGUAUCACAUAUGUUUUUAUUGAGUGCAAGUAUCAUACAGGUAUUUAUUGAAUGCAUGUAUCAAACAUCUGAUACUGAGUGCAAGUAUCACACAAUCAUGUAUUUAUUGAGUGCAAGAAUCAAGCGUGUUUCAUUGAGAGCAUGUACUACACGUGUUAUUAUUGAGUGCAAGUAUCACACAUGUAUUUAUUCAAUGCAUGUAACACACAUAUUUUUAUUGAGUGCAAGUAUCACGCGUGUUUAAUUAAGAGCAUGCAUUACACUUGUUUUUAUUGAGUGCAAGUAUCACGCGUGUAUUUAUAGAAUGCAUGUUUCACACAUGUUUUUAUUGAGCGCAAGAAUCACGCGUGUUACAUUGAGAGCAAGGCCUACACGUGUUUUUAUUGAGUGCAAGUAUUACACAUGUAUGUAUUGAAUGCAUGUAUCACACAUGUUUUUAUUGAGUGCAAGAAUCAUGCGUGUUUCAUUGAGAGCAAAUAUUACACUUGUUUUUAUUGAGUGCAAGUAUCACGCGUGUAUUUAUUGAGUGCAAGUAUCACGCGUGUUUUUAUUGAGUGCAAGUAUCAAUAUGUAGUUAUUGAAUGCAUGUAUCACACAUAUUUUCAUUGAGUGCAAGAAUCACGCGUAUCUUAUUAAGAGCAUGUAUUUCACUUGUUUUUAUUGAGUGCAAGUAUCACGCGUGUAUUUAUUGAAUGCAUGUUUCACACGUGUUUUUAUUGAGUGCAAAAAUCACGCAUGUUUCAUUGAGAGCAAGGACUACACGUGUUUUUAUUGAGUGCAAGUUUUACACAUGUAUUUACUGAAUGCAUGUAUCACACAUUUUUUAUUGAAUGGCAUGAAUUGCACAUAAUUAUUUGUAAUGGAUGCAAGUACCAUGUAUGUAUCUAUCGAGUACAAGUAUCAUACCAUGCUUCUAUUAGACAUUUGCGACAUAACUCCGUGAACGAUUAUCGAGGAACAGUUACGCUAAUAUUGAGGGGUUAUCUCAACACAUAUUAUAAACACUUGAAAUAAGGCCAGGAUAUCUUAAUUACUGUGUUUCUUUCCUUACAUCUUAAUUUUCAUUUUAGUAAUUGCAAAACGAACUGAUGCCAAAAAAUAUGAUAAACAAGAUCAACAAGGAAAGGCGGCGUUCAAUGAACGCAAGUUCCCUAAAUAAAUUCGGAACUUUAAUCAUAAGCUCAGCCAAUGGUCGUUUGCGUUGACGGCUGUAUUGUCUAGUGCGUUGACGUGCAUCAAUAGUUUCGUCCUUUGAUGAUGUCAAAACGUUUGGGAUUUCUUGACUACGGCAAAGGUUGUGCAGUUCACCUGGAACUGGUCCGGGACUAGGCGGGAGCGAAGCUGCUGGUCAGCUGUCAAUGUUGGUCCUCAUUUAUACAUCUGAUAAUAUUAAUCGGAGCUUGACCUAGCAAUGACUGUUGCAUAUGAACCGCUUAAUUGUCCUUGGUUUCGAUGGCUGAUAUUUCCAUAGGGACUGCACCUAACAUUUUUUAUCGGCACUAAAUCUUUAACUCAAAAAGACGCCUUUCAAGAAGUUGUACGGCCUAAAGCUGGAAAUAAUUUGAAAAUAUUGAAAUGUGAAUGAGUUACUGCAUUGGAGUUUUUGAACCAUGUCCUGUUUUUGUUUGGGGUCCGCCUGGGCUCCUUUGCCACUGGUUCUUGUUGCUGGGUCGUGUGUGGGGUUGCCCCAUUGAACGCCGACUUUCCUUGUUGAUCUUGUUUAUCAUAUUUUAACGUGAUAUUUAUACAUCUAAGCAGCAGGUGUCAAGUGCCGUAUAGCAGUCGUAAAGAGGUGCCCCGUCCUUCGCUUCAGUGUUGCUAUAUUUUCGGGUCAUUUAGGAUAAUUGAGUUCAGCACUUUUAAGGGUUGAGAGUUGCGUCCCGCUUAAGCCGGUGCUAGGGGCCGUAAGGGUUGUUGCACAUUUUUUAAUCCAUCAUACAACCCAAUCAAACCGAGUCUGCAUAUUCACGAUUUUAAUGCUUCCGAGGGAUCACUUUUUCCAGAUAUUUUAACACUUUUUUCAGUCAUAUACUGAUAGUCCGUCUAUUGUAGGAUCUGAAGAGGUUCUCUUACCAGUGCACGAUCUAAUUUCCCUCAUGAAACAGAGGUGGGCUAUCGUUUGCCUUCAAUUUAUUAAACAUUAUUCACUGCUGUUUUAAUGUUGAGCACCAAGCCAGGAGUUGUCAGGCCCAUUUUCAUGUAUUUGGUAUCACGUGGCUUGAACAAAUAACCUUCGCCAGUCGAAGAAGACUGUCUACUAAAAGCCUUAUGGAGAAUAGAAAUUAUAUAUGGAAUAUUAAAAAUACAUCAGCAUAAUGCGUCAGUUUAAUAGACAAUGAUUAAUUUUAUCGCAAUUCACCCAGGGUUUGAAAGCUAUUUUAUAAAAACGAUGUCAAAAUAUAUUAAGAAUUUGGUGCAGAUUUAGGGUAUGUAAAUACUUAUGUAGUUUUAUCGUUUCUCUUAAUCAUGCUUACUUAAUAUCUGGUUCAUUUAUUUCGGUAGGAUUUUUCUUCGCUUAUAAUCCCACGACGAUUCUCACGUAAGUGGCAGAAAUGUUUUUCAAAUGCACACAUAGAUACAAGUUCUUCGAGUUACGUUAAGAGACACCCGAAACACCUCACAUAAUUAUUUAAAUAAAACAUCACAAAAGGCACUGAACGAACAUUAUUUGAAAAGGUAUAAGUGUAUCGUCAGUGAAGACGGGAUCCGGGCUUUAAUUCCAUGUUGUUUUUUUUGGAAACGAUGUAUAUUUUGUACUCUUUCAACAAAUGCGAGUACAUAUGGCGGUCAGGGCUAUAAUAAUUUGAUGGGACAUCUCACCUAAGGUAGAGCCACAGGAAUAAUAUUAUUCAGGAUAAAGACAAUAUCACGUAAUGCAAACACCAAUUAUCUUUGACAAUUCUGGUGUAAUCCGUUACUUAGAAAAAAUGUUUAUUAUAAAAGGUAAGAUUAAUUUGAGAUUAUCCCUCUAUAUCACUUGCCCUCGAUCCCCAGUCCCCGUUCCUCACUAUAAGCCGCAAAUGUCUAUUGAGAGCAAGUUUCAGCCAUCAUUUUUAUCGAGUGCAUGCAGUGAAAAGUGAAUAUGUAAAUAUAUACUCUUGCUCUGAUAAUACAUGUUAUACAUGUAAUACAUUAUAAUUCAUCGUUGUUAAAAUAAAACCUUAAAUAAUCCGAUUCUAUUUUAAUAUACUCUUGGUCAUACUUAUAACAAAAUUUUCUGUCUCAUGCACGUAAAAUAAAUUUGCUACUAUCUAAUUAUUACAUCGAUUGCAUCCUAAGGCAUUGGCCAUUAACGAAUUUGUUUUUUUUUCCGAAAUGACUGUUUGGUUUCUUAAAAUUCUUAAAUAAUAUGAGAGGCAAUGACUUAUAACAACUUCAAUUUUGUGCCGUUGGUAAUAUCCAUCAACCAUUUCGUGUAUUUUUCAUUUACG